CUCAAUAUUCCCAUCUCCAUAUAUUAAUUGCAUUCUCUCCCGCAAAUCUCUAUACCAACAUUGAAACAUUCCAAACGCCACUGUUAAACUGUAAUGCAAAAAAAUUCUGAAAUCCCUUUAACAAAGUAGCACCAAACCCUCACUCAUCACUCUCUCCCCUCCAAAUUUCAAUGGCCACCGCCUGCACUCACUAUCUCUUUCUCUCACUGUCAUUCUCACUUCUUCUUCUCACCUCAGCAGUUUCUGAGCCAGAAAUCUUGCUCCAGUUCAAGAACUCCAUUGAUGACCCUUUGAACAUUCUAUCUGGCUGGUCCAACGCUUCAUCACUUCACCAUUGUAACUGGACUGGGGUUUCUUGCACAAAUGCCUCUCCAUUUCUGGUUACUUCUCUCAAUCUUCAAAGCUCGAAUCUUUCUGGUGAAAUCUCUGCUUCCAUAUGCAACCUUCCUAGCCUUGCUCAUCUCAAUCUUGCUAAUAACUUCUUUAACCAGCCUAUCCCACUCCACCUCUCUCAAUGUGAGUCUUUGGUGACUUUGAAUGUCAGUGACAAUCUCAUAUGGGGCACAAUCCCAGAGCAAAUUUCUCAGUUUAAGACUUUGGAGAUUCUGGAUUUCAGCACGAAUCACAUUGAGGGAGAAAUCCCGGAGAAUAUUGGCUUGCUGCAACAGCUUAGAGUUCUUGACUUGGGCAGCAACUUGCUCUCAGGUAGUGUUCCUGUUGUUUUUGAGAAUUUUAGUGAGCUUGUGGUUCUUGAUUUGUCACAUAAUACAUUCUUGGUUAGUCAAAUUCCUGUUGAUAUUGGUGGGCUAAGUAAACUUGAGCAGCUUUUGUUGCAAAGCUCUGGUUUUUAUGGUGAAAUACCAGAUCUUUUUAGUGGGUUGAAGAGUUUGAUGGUUUUAGACCUUUCUCAAAAUAAUCUCACUGGUGUUUUGCCUCAGAUUGAGUUGUUACUCCCAAAUUUAGUUUCUUUUGAUGUUUCACAAAACAAGCUUUCUGGGCCAUUUCCUGAUGGGGUUUGUGAAGCUAAGGGUCUCGUGAGUUUGAGUUUGCACACAAAUUUCUUUAAUGGAUUGGUGCCAAAUGAUUUGAUCAGUGAAUGCAAGAAUCUUGAGAGGUUUGAGGUUCAUAACAAUGGUUUUAGUGGAAACUUUCCUUCUUGGUUGUGGUCACUGCCUAAAAUCAAGCUCAUCAGAGCUGAAAACAAUAUGUUUAGUGGUGAAAUCCCUGAUUCGAUCUCAGAAGCUGCUCAGCUUGAGCAUGUUCAGAUUGAUAACAACAGUUUUACCAGCCGGUUUCCUCAGGGCAUUGGCAGAGUUCGAAACUUGUACAGAUUCUCUGCCUCAUUGAAUCGUUUGUAUGGAGAUCUCCCUCCGAAUUUCUGUGAUUCGCCUGUCAUGAGCAUCAUCAACCUCUCCCACAACUCUCUCUCCGGGAGGAUUCCAGAGGUGAAGAACUGUAGGAAGCUGGUGUCGUUGUCUUUGGCGAGCAACAGUUUUGUAGGUGAGAUCCCUGAAUCUCUGGCUGAUCUGCCUGUGCUAACCUACCUGGAUCUUUCUGAAAACAAUCUGACUGGUUUAAUUCCACAUGAGCUUGAAAAGCUCAAGCUUGCUCUCUUUAAUGUCUCUUUCAACAAGCUAUCGGGCAGAGUUCCUGCUUCGUUGGUUUCAGGCCUUCCAGCCUCGUAUUUAGAGGGAAACGCCGGGUUAUGUGGGCCGGGGCUUCCCCAUGGUUGUUUAGGUGAUGACAAGCCAAAGGUCAAACCAUCCAGCUUCGCUAAACUGACCUGUGCUUUAGUUAUCAUAACCCUCGCUUUUGCCCUUUUAGUCUUGGCGUUUGGAUUCUAUCUAAUGAGGUCUCACAAGCAGAGAGCUCAGUCAGGGAUGUGGAGAUCAGUGUUCUUUUAUCCCCUUAGAGUCACUGAGCACGACUUGCUUAUGUCGAUGGAUGAGAAGACAGCCCGUGGUGGUGGUGGGGAUAUCGGGAGGGUCUAUGUUGUCACCUUACCAAGUGGUGAGCUUGUUGCUGUGAAGAAGAUACUGAAUUUUACCAGCCAGUCUUCAAAGGUUCUACAAAAUGAGGUCAAGACUCUAGCAAAGAUCAGACACAAAAACAUUGUGAAGAUUCUUGGUUUCUGCCACUCUGAUGAUUCCAUAUUCUUGAUAUAUGAGUACCUGCCAAAGGGAAGCCUUGGUGAUCUUCUUGGCAAACCCGACCUCGAUUUGCCAUGGAGUUUGAGGCUCAAGAUCGCCAUCGGCAUUGCUCAAGGACUGGUUUAUCUUCACAAGGAUUACCUCCCACAUUUGUUGCAUAGAAAUUUGAAGUCGAACAACGUGCUUCUUGAUGCUGAUUUCCAGCCAAAGCUCACUGAUUUUUCCUUGGACCGGAUCAUCGGAGAGAAGGUAUUUCAGUCAGUAGUUUCGUCAGAAUCUGCAACAUCCUGCUAUUUGGCACCAGAAUAUGGUCUCACAAAGAAGGCCACGGAACAGAUUGACACAUACAGCUUUGGCGUCGUCCUGUUAGAGCUCCUAACUGGUCGACUAGCAGUAGAAACGGAACCGGAGGAUCCUACACUUGACGUUGUGAAGUGGGUAAGAAGAAAGAUCAACAUAACCAAUGGCUCCCUCAAAGUUCUUGAUCCCAAUAUCUCAAGAUCCUCCCAGCAUUUGCAGCAGAUGCUCGAAGCCCUAGAAAUUGGGCUACGUUGCACUUGUGUGAUGCCGGAGAAGAGGCCAUCAAUGGCUGAAGUUGUCAAAGCACUUCAGUCACUUGAAACCACUACUUUUCAAGGUUUGGAGUUGUCUGCUGAUGUUGCUUAGUUCAGUUCCUGUCUGAACCUACCUGUGUUCACAUCCUCAUUCUGUCAAUGUUUUGAAACAAGGGAAACUUGUAUUUUGGUUUGAUCUUUUCUGAUCAAUGUAAUAUAAUCUUGUCUGCCUAUGCAUAUUUAUAUAUAAAGAACUUUGACAUAA